CAGAGCUAAAUAAUAUCUAUAUAAAGGCCACAUAUUCUGAAUAGUUUCUCCCACCAAACAUUCUUCUCACAAUUUAUUGCUAUACGAAAGAAGAAAUAUGGGUUUGAAUGGCAGGUUGGUAGCUUCUUUUGAGGUUAAGUGUGGAGGACACUUGUUCCAUGACCUUUAUCAAACUAGUUGUCAUCAUGUAUCCAACAUAAGCCCAGAAAAAAUCCACCAUUUUCAUAUUCAUGAAGGUGACGAUGUAAAGGCUGGUUCAGUAAUUGGCUGGAAAUUUAACCUUGAUGGAAAAGUUAAUGUUACUAAGCAACUGAUUGAAACCAUUGAUGAUGAGAAAAAAUCAAUUACUUGGAAAGUGAUAGAGGGAGAUACGCUGGAACUCUACAGUGCCUUCACCAUUAUUGCAUCCUUUGAAAAUAAUUGGGUUACUUGGACAUUUGUGUACGAGAAAAAAACUGAAGACACGCCAGAUCCCAUCAAUUUAUUGGCUUUCCUCGUCGAUGUGACUAAGGAUAUAGAGGCCCACCUUCACAAAGAAACAAAAGGUUUUUAAAGUUUUGGGAAUCUCAACCAAAAUACCUAUUGCCUCGGUACCCGUAAUGAUAUCUAUUGACUUUGCUUGUGUGAUGAAUAAUAAAAGUAUUGGCUUGUCUUAAGCAUGUGUAAUAAUUGUAUUGUACUGUAUGGAAGUAUCUCUAAUUAUUAAUUAAGUCAGAUAUUAUGGACCGUGGCACGUUUGAAAUCUAUAUAUAAUAUAAAGCUAGGAAUAGAAGAGGUGAUGUGGCACCUCUCUAUGGCCUCCAAUGAUAUUUAUU